AUGACCACCUCCACAUCACCCUCCGGCAAGCGCAAACGCAGCGGCUCGCUUUUGCCCGCCACGGCGGCGGCGGUGGCAGCAGCAGCAGCAGCACCUGUCCCAGCAGCAGAGCUUCAACCAUCCUCGCGCGACGCGUCCAGCGAGGACGGUGAAGACUCCACUGGACCGGCCACUGCCGCCAUUGCUCGACACAAGAACCAAAACAGCCUCAAUCACACCACUACCGAGUCGGAUCCACCAUCGAAACGCGCCCGGAAGAGUGCCGGAACUGCCAACGCGACCGGUACCUCCAAUGGAACCGAUAUCCAACGUGAAGAUCCCGGUGAACCUUCCGAGACUACCGUCGCCAGCAGUGACGUCGAGAGUCGACCCCGGAGUCGGCCCGGCUUGCACAUCAAGCUGCCUAAUGGCGGAGAGGAAGAGGAGGAGGAGGAGGAGGAGGAGGAGGAGGAGGAGGAGGAGGAGGAGGAUGCUCGGACAAUGCUGCCGCCGCAGCGUGGAGGCUUACAAGAUCCGGUCGGAUAUAAGACAAACCCCCCGCCUGAGGGUCGGGCGGUGCGAGUCUACGCGGAUGGAGUCUUUGACUUGUUCCACCUUGGCCACAUGAGACAGCUCGAGCAAGCGAAAAAGGCCUUCCCAGAUGUGUAUUUGAUCGUGGGCGUCACCGGUGAUGAAGAGACACACAAGCGCAAGGGGUUAACUGUCCUCAGCGGUGCAGAGCGCGCCGAGACGAUUCGGCAUUGCAAGUGGGUCGAUGAGGUGAUCCCCAAUUGCCCAUGGAUCGUGACUCCGGAGUUUCUCUCCGAGCACCAGAUCGACUAUGUUGCCCAUGACGAUCUACCUUACGAGGCCGCCGAGGGCGACGACAUCUACGCGCCCAUCAAGGCCCAGGGCAAGUUCCUGGUCACUCAGCGCACGGAAGGUGUGAGCACAACCGGCAUCAUCACUCGCAUUGUUCGCGACUAUGACCAGUACAUUUCCCGACAAUUCAAGCGUGGCGCAUCGCGCCAGGAAUUGAACGUCUCAUGGUUGAAGAAGAACGAGCUCGAAAUUAAACGUCAUGUUGCAGAGAUCCGAGACAACAUCCGAAGCAACUGGACCAUGACUGGCCAGGAGCUUGGACGUGAGUUGCGUCAAAUUUGGCAGAACAGCCGACCCGGAAGUCCUGCGCCUUCUGCACGCAACAGCGUGGAUUACACCACUGCCCGUGGACCGCUGGCCAGCCCAACGGGUGGGAACAAGAGUCAUCUGUCUCGCGUAGAGGCGCUGACUCGACCUGACAGUCCUGGUGUGGGUCGGAAUGAGGACUUUGCGACGGGCUAUAGUCUGGGAUUGAUUGGAGGUGUGCGAGCAUGGAUGGCCCGUAGUCGCCUCUCCCUCGCAGAGACCCCUAGCCACCCUCACUCGCCAACGGACGAAGACGAGUCGGAGCAAAAUGGAUUUGAUGAGAAUGAUAUUCGUGGCCGCAAGACGGCGAUGGCUGAAUAA